UGUGGUGGAGUAUGUAAAAUGUAAAAAUCUCCGUUCCACAGCAAUAAUAUCUUCAACUGCGACCAAUGAAAUCAAACCAAUCCUGCCCCGAGGGACACGUUCAGGUCCGAUCGAGACUGAAAAUGAGGCGGCCUUGACUAGACCAUCGACGACAACUGUUUACACGAAGACCGUCACAAUCUGAUAGACCCAAAUUGAAGCCACAUCUUCUCUGUGGAUCAAAAUAAAAGAGUAUCAUUUGAUCAUACCUAGGCAAAUACUGAAACAAAUGAGAAGGUUUCUGUUGUGACAAUCACAGAAGCCAUGGGCUCUCCAUGGGUUUUACUGCUUGUUUUCAUGGUGUUUAUUUGGGUGGAUGGCAGUCAAACACAAAAACAGAGUAGUACAGUGCUUAGUCUGUCCUCUGAUCAGCUUAAUUCUUCUGGACUCAAACCCAGCGAUCACAAGUACCUUGUUUCUCCAAAUGGUGUGUUUUGUGCCGGUUUUUACAACUUGACAACGAAUGGUUAUGCCUUUGCUGUGUGGUAUGCAAAUGAUUCAGAGCGGACCCUGGCAUGGAUGGCAAAUUCAUCAUCUUUGGUGGGCACAAAUUCUUCUCUCAUCUUAAAGGAAGGAAAUCUGUCAAUUAUAGAUGAGAAAGGGCUGAACGUCUGGAGUCAGACGGUUUCUGGUUCUGAACUUACGUUAGAGAAUACUGGUAAUUUAGUCUUCAGUCGUUGGGAGAGCUUCCGUUUUCCUACAGAUACUCUUCUUCCAAAACAAAACUUUACCAAAGUCCAGAAGCUGAUGUCGAGGCUUGCAAACGGUACUUAUGGCAGUGGCAACAACUACUAUUCUCUUUCUUUAGACGAGAAGUCCAACAAAAUCAGCUUGUAUUACAUGAAUGAACAGCAAGGCCUGAUGCAGAAAUAUUACUGGCAGUCAGAAGGCGGCUUUCCGGCAAUUAACCUGGACGACAAUGGGUUUCUCAAUACAAGCAGCGUGGAUAAAUCUAAUUUGAUCAUGGCGUCUGACGCUGGGGAAGGUAAACGCUUGAGAAGGCUCGUUUUAGAGAGCAACGGGAACCUUCGGCUGUAUAGUCGGAAAAUGGAUCCUUAUUCUUCAUGGAAUCUAGUGUGGGAAGCUGUCUCAGAGCACUGCACAAUCCAUGGGUAUUGUGGAGAGAAUGCUGUUUGUAAGGUCAACGAAUCGUGGGAACCAGAGUGCCGGUGCCCACCUGGUUUUGAGUACAACCCUAGUGAUAAUCGAAGCUGCAAGGCGAUCACUGAUAUCGAGGACCCCUCCAAUGUAAGAUUUGUGCCCCUGGACUACGUCGAUUAUGCGGGAUCGAAUGUUACAGACCGGCCGGUCACAAGAUUACAGGAUUGCAAAGACUCCUGUAAGAAUGAGAACAGCUGUAAGGGUUUUGCAUACGAUCUGGACAGUGGGCACUGCGUCUUUCAAUACGGCAAAUUGGUGAACGGGUAUUGGUCUCCAGAAGCGCACAAGCGCAUGUAUUUGAAGGUCUCUGCAACUGAUGAACAAGCUAAUAAAAACCCCUUUAUUGGACUCUUCUCAGUAGUCCAAAAUGUUUGCCCAACUCUGAUAAAGCUAGCGUUCCCCCGGAAGGAUUCAGACCACACAACACGAGAUCUGGUCAUAAUCUGUUCCCUGUUCGGCGCAGAGCUUUUGUGCGGAGUUCUUGCUUUCUGGGCAUUUCUGAGAAAGUAUUCGAGAUUCAGAGACAUAGCACGAAUUUUCGCCCUGGAUCUCAUGCCCUCUGGAGGGCCCAAGAAGUUCACAUACGCAGAGCUGAAAGCAGCCACAAAUAGCUUCAGCGACAAACUGGGCGAAGGAGGAUUUGGGCCUGUGUACAGGGGACUUCUGCCCGACCAGAGACAAAUUGCAGUGAAAAAGCUAGAGGGGCUUCAACACGGGGAGCAGCAAUUCUGGGCUGAGGUCACCAUUAUAGGGCGGAUCCAUCAUCUCAAUCUUGUUCGCAUGUGGGGCUUUUGUGCAGAAGGGGAGCACAGACUGCUCGUAUACGAGUUCAUCCCCCAUGGGUCUCUAGACAGGCAUCUGUUCUACGGGGACGGAGCCAAUGUAAUGGACUGGGGCAUCCGAUACCGCAUAGCUUUGGGGGUCGCGAGGGCCAUAGCCUACCUGCACGAGGAGUGCCUGGAAUGGGUUCUCCACUGCGACAUCAAGCCGGAAAACAUUUUGCUGGACGAGAGCUUUUGUCCCAAGGUUUCAGACUUCGGCCUGGCAAAAUUGGUGGAAAAAGAGCGCAGUCUGAGCAUGUCGACCAUUAGAGGAACUCGAGGGUACUUAGCGCCGGAAUGGUUUGAACUCAACCCAAUAACUGCAAAAGCCGAUGUGUACAGCUUUGGAAUGGUGCUUCUGGAGAUUGUUAGCGGAAGAAGGAAUAUGGUUACAACGAAUCUUCCCAGUUCCAAUAUGGAGAACGAUGACUGGUAUUUUCCUGCUUGGGCUUUCGAGAUGGUGGUGAAUGAAAAGGUUGUGGGCGAGGUGGUGGAUAAAAGGCUCGUUGGAGUAACAGAAAAUCGCAGUCAGUUGGAGGCGGUGGAGAGAAUGGUAAAGACUGCGUUCUGGUGCAUUCAGACUCGGCCUGAGGAGAGGCCUUCUAUGGGGAAGGUCGCCAAGAUGUUGGAAGGCAGCGUGGAAGUCGACAACCCACCGAAGCCUCAACUCAUGUCUGAAGUCGAUGGAGAUACAUUUAGCGGUGUACAAUCCAUCAAAAAAUCUGCAAUCAGCCGCUAUUGAGAUACCCAAACCAGGUAAUCCCAUGCUUGUUUCUGUCAGUUAAUCUUAAUGUUAAACCCAAAUGACUCAAGAGGGGAAGGACAAAUGACCUUUGCGACGAGGCAUGUAAGGUUAAAAAGACUUUCUUAGUUUGUCCUUUUAAGCAUUAGUCUUAUCAUAUUGUAUUUUUGAGUUGUUCUGUUAAACAUUAGUCUGUUAUGUUAUUAUUCAUAUCGUUUUAUUAGGGGAAAGGAUCUAGUAGUUUUUUAUCAUAUUGUGUUUCUAAGAACAUUAGUCUGUUAUGUUAUUAUACAUAUCAUUCUAUUAGGGGAAAGGAUCCGGUAGUUUUUUAUCAUAUCGUUUUCUUUGAGUCUCUGGACGAUGUCGUUGUAGCUUUGGCAUAUGGUCACAUGCUUUAAAAAAAUAAGCUUUUGUAUGGUGUUUUUCACUGUAAUAUAUUUUAUUCAAUAAAGUAAAAUAAUGGAGAUAGUUUUUAA